AUAAAUACGCAUCCACUCUGGUAUGUGUCACAUGGUGUUGUGUUUUUCAACACUGAGAUCACCACCUCUGACAUCACCACCUCUGACAUCACCUCCUAUCCACAGGAAAUCGCCAAGCGGAUCCAGGAAGAGGAAGAGCAGAGGGCAAGAGGAAGAGGGCAAGAGGAGCUCAGCGAUGACGAGGACAGCAGCCCUGCUGGGCCAUCAUCUCCAUGCCAGCACACGCAUGGCCGCCUCUCUCCUCUAGAGCCGCAGCGGGCCGCCACCAGGGGGCAGUAUUCCUCCUCCGCUCCGUCUCACUCAGACCCCAGGGAAGCUGAGAGUCCCAGGAGGGUUUUCCCUCUAGCAGACACAACUCCAUGGUCAAAUGAAGGACAGCGGGGGGGCCUUAGGCACUCCAAGAAUGAGUGGAGGCAGUGUCUGAGGGACGACUCUGAGGGCUCUGACGUGGUCUUCUACGAGGCGUCAGACGACCCGCCCCGGCGCUCGCACCGGAGGGCCGACUCUGCCCCGUGUCGGCGCCGGGUCUCCGCACGCGCGGCGCCGACGCACAGGAAGUACAGAAGCCUUCAGGACGACCGCAACGUGAGAGAGGAGGAGGAGGAGGGGGAGGAGGAAGAGGAAGAGGAGGACGCCAGGCAGCCGAGGAUUCGGGAAUGGGAGCGGCAUCCCGGAGAGGAGAACGGCGGUCGUCACGGAGACCGGGACGGCGAGGCUGGGCGUAGGUCAACGAGGUGCAGCCGCAGCCAGUCGGUCCGGCUGUCGGACAGACGGCGGGACUCGGACGCACCCAGAACCUGGUCUCCCAGGGAGACGCCCGACCGACACGUGCGCUUUCAGGACGAGCGGCGCCGUGGGCUCCCGAGCGGUCACCAUGACAACAGCGACAGCAGGGUGUGGGAGAUGCUGGGGCAGGUCCUCAGAGAAAGAGGCGUGGUCGUGCGUCACGGGGUCCACAGGCCCCCGCAGCAACCCCCGGCACCACCCCCACCUCCCGCCACGGGGCCUCAAAGCCGGCACAGCGAGGUGCAUCAUGGGAGUGAGGCCCCCCACGGGGACCCCCGACCACACCAGAGGGCCUUUGAACGAUCCUCCUCCGCCCGGCACAGUUACCAUGGCGGCGGCCGGGAGCGGAGGAGGGACUCCUCGAGGAGCGACGGAGACCACAGGGACAACCAAGAGAGGCAAGAUGGCCGCCCGGCCCCCGCGCAGGACAGGGACGCGCCAGGGGGCGACAGAGAGCCGAAGCUGGCCAAGAGGGAGGCGGGCGGUGGUAGCAGCAGGUGGUGGAGGGCAGAACCCAGACCCAGCCGGGACGAAGAGGAGGGGCAUGAUGGGGAGGGCUCCACCCCCGACCACAGGGUUAGGGUUAGCCGCAGCGCUAGCGAGCGCUGGUACCGGCGCAGAGGGGCAGCGGAGCCGCGGUGGGAGGAGGAGAACAGGGAGCAGCUGAACCGGGAAGAGGAGGUGAACAGGGCGGAGGAGGUGAACCGGGAAGAGGUGAGGCGGGAGGACGAAAGGCCCCGUCUGAGAGUUCCUCAGCGGAGCCAGAGCAUGACCACCCGUGGGGUGUUAUCCAGGCUAGGGUGGAGGCCCACGGCGGCAGGCUCCAUGCUGCCGCCGCCCCAGCCCAGGGAGGGCUGUCUGGACCUGGGGGCGCUGCAGCAGGUGCUGCAGGACCAGGAGCUGGCCCUCCGGCUGCAGCAGGAGGAGGAGCGCCGCGCGAGGACGGGCGUCAGAGAGGCCGCUCGCAACUCCUACCACGAGGGGGACUUCAGGGUGGCCCAGGUGGCGCAGGACGAGGAAAUAGCUCGAUUUAUACAAAAACAAGAGAUAAAGUCGAGGAGGCGGUCUCGCGAGCUGGACGGCCCGGCGUCGUGGCGGGAGCACAGAGAGAUGAUUAGUCACCCUGAGAGGACGGCUCCCAGGGACCCCCAGGGCCAGGGGAAAAGACGAGACUCAGAUGACCUGCCCCCCCCCACAGAGGAACACUCCCCAGAGAACCAGCCGCCCAGUCCAAUCUCCGACCUGACGCAAACCCAGGUGAUCAGAAACAUCGCUGAGGAGCUGGACCCCACCUUCAGGGCCCCGGGGCCGGGGGACGCCACGCUCAAAACCGGGCCCGCAGGCCCGUCCUGUCCGUCCGUCCCCAUCCCCCCCUCGGGCCCCAGCAGUGUGCUGGAGGAGCCCACCUUCAUCCCGCCCACCAAGCGCCAGCCGGACAAGUCUGGGCGCAAACCCAAAGAGAAGAAGGAGAACUGCAAGCAGCAGUAGGCCCAACUGCGGUCAGCCAGGGCACCGCACCAAGAACACAACCAGAAAGAGGCCUUUUCAGGGACAUCAGACACAGAGCUGCAUAGCAGCAGCUCAGCUAGACUAUGGGGCUUGAAAUGGGGGAAGUGUGUCUGGAAUAAUCCGGAAGCUGGGUUUUAUUUUUGUAUUUUGUUUUGCCGUCCCGGCUCGCUCGCACAAUACAGGCCAGAGCAGCCAAGGGAAACAGAAUUGUUCCUAAGUUCCUGUUCUGGGGAACGGACUGUUCUGGCAGCGCUGUAGGCACACGAUCCUGCUGUACUCGGAAGGGUAGAGCUACAGCCUCUCUGUUCUUCAGUGUUGGCGAGGGUUUAUUUAACUUGUGUAUCUAUUUUAUUUUUUUAUGUCUUUUAUAAUGUUUCUUUAUUGCAUGGGAGAUGUAAUGUAUGCAUCUAAGGUUUGUAGGUACUAUUUCUCUAUUAGUUGGUAUGAGUGAUUUACAACUGCUCAUAAACUGCAACUAAUCUCAUGUCUCAAACUCACCUACCGCGGGCCAGCGGUAGGUGAAUAUGACAACGCAGAUUACUAGAAAUGGCUGUUUAUUGUAAUUUAUUGUAAUCUCUAAAUUAUAUAUUCUCAAUUUACAGUAUAUGUCAGUAGCAACAACUAUGUUUUAACAUUCAUCCGCCCAUGUAGAUACAGAAAGCUUAUUUUCGUAAAUGUAAGACGAUAUGUUGAUUAAAUUGAUCACGUCGACUUUAUAAAUGUUUUUGAGCAAAACAACUGGUGUUUUUUGGGGGAGGUUUUUAUGUUGCUGUUCGAUUCUAAGCUUUUACGGGACCCAGUUUACUGUAAUGUUGGUUGUUAUAUUCUAAACCGGUGGAAAGCCCCCACAAUGUUGCAAUUGAAUGUCAGAGGUUUCAUUUAAGAGUGCACCUACUGGAAAACCAACAGGAAAUUCCAUAGAGAUAAGGAAUAAACAAUUACUUGAUUACCGAUGCAGGAAUUGGUAACGUGAGAGUGGUGACAUCUGUUUGGGAAAGACAGACUAUUCUAGCGUUUUAGUAUCAAUCCAACAAUCUUUUUCUACCUCAGACAUUAAGGGUUUCAAUAACUGUUAAACUGCAGGACUCCACCUUUCUACAAUAAUAAGAAAACUACUCUAACAACACAGUGAAACCAUCAUCUGAUGAGUCCGAUUGUUAAUGUAUUUGUCACCGACGUUUCAGAGAAUGAGUCAUAAUUCUGCUUCAAGGCAAGUAGUAGGCGGUAUUUCUAGUGAUAUGCUUUACAGAAACCUUUAUUCAUAAAUAGCAAACCAUGAUGACCUUCACAAUACAAUGCCCACACUGUGACGAGUCCGCACCUACCAGGAAACCACUGCGUUGUUCAUUCAAAACUCCAUAAAAAUUUGUCAACAUUGCAUGUUAACUCUCAUUUGCUAGAACAUUUACAAAAUGGAAGUUCAACCAUUUUAUUUUUAUUUUAAGAUACAUUUAAUCACCUUUAACUCAGUUCACUAAGUGCAGUUGUUUUGUAACUGAACGAAAUUGU